CCGCGCCUGCGCUCUCAGGUCUCCUCCCCCCUCCCCCCAAGCCCGGCUGGGGUUGGGGGCGCGUCUACCGUUGCCGUGCGCCGGUUGUCUUCCACCGCAGUGGCUGUCGCCGCGGCUCCCUGUCGCGCGCCAUGCGUCUCCUCUGCUGGUGGCAAGUACUGCUGUGCGUUCUGGGCCUUCCGGCCCACAGCCUGGAGGAAAGCAGCAAUGCUGGGAAUGCCAGGAAACAACUUUCUUCAGCCCCUGCUAGCUGUCCCAAGGCAGCAUCUCUGCAGCAGCCAUGAGAUCUUUGCAGAGGAGAGUGGCCAUGCGUGGCGGGAAGAGCAGCCUGGCCCCCCUCUUCAGGUUGGGGCCCUCUAUCUGCAUGAAGAGGAGGCCGCACAGGGACAUCAGGGCCAGGCGAAGGUGGCAGAGCCUGCUGAUGCCUCGCUGGGGCCCGGUCCUCGUGGAGAUUCCGUGGUGGUGCUGUCAGUGAUUCCCGGUGCAGCCGAGGACCAACGGAGUGUGGAGGCCCCAGAUGGUACCUGCAGUGCGCUGGGUGAGGAAGACCCUCGCUGCAACCAAGAGAGCCUCUUCGCACUGCAUGGUGCGGGCGGCUUCCCAGAGCGAGAAGAGGAGUACUACCCGGAGCCUGGAGUGGCGGAGGCCGAGCCUGUAGCCACCGAGGAUGCCAACAGCACCGACAGCCUCAAGUCUCCCAAGGUGAACUGUGAGGAGAGGAAUGUGACCGGGCUUGAAAAUUUCACCCUGAAGAUUUUAAACAUGUCCCAGGACCUUAUGGAUUUUCUAAACCCAAAUGGUAGUGACUGUACGCUGGUCCUCUUCUACACCCCGUGGUGCCGGUUUUCUGCCAGCCUGGCCCCUCAUUUUAACUCUCUGCCUCGGGCAUUUCCAACUCUUGGCUUUUUGGCAUUGGAUGCAUCUCAGCACAGCAGCCUUUCCACCAGAUUCGGCACCGUAGCUGUCCCUAACAUUUUGUUAUUUCAAGGAGCUAAACCCAUGGCAAGGUUUAAUCACACAGACCGAACUCUGGAAACGCUGAAAAUCUUCAUCUUCAAUCAGACAGGUAUAGAAGCCAAGAAAAAUGUGGUGGUAACCCAAGCUGACCGAAUGGGCCCUCUCCCCAGCACGUUGAUAAAGACCGUGGAUUGGCUGCUUGUAUUUUCCUUGUUCUUUUUAAUUAGUUUUAUUAUGUAUGCUACCAUCCGGACUGAGAGCAUUCGGUGGCUGAUUCCGGGACAAGAGCAGGAGCACGCGGAGUAGAGGCUAAAGGGAAGAGGAGGUGCCCAGCGGGACUGAUGUUACAGUCGCGGGCAUUUUCUCCCCAAGCAGAAGUUGAAUUCAGGAAUCAAGUUCUUGUUGAACUACUGGAGGGCUGGAAGGAUUGCGUGUGGGCGUGCUCUUACUGUGAGAAUUCACAGAUGCAGAAGCGCUCGCUAGAAUCGACUGUUCUUGAUUUUAAUACUUGAACAUGAUGAACUCCUCUCCCAGUGUGGUGAAGCAGGAAAGUGCUGUGUGAGAAAAGUACCAGGAGGGGUGUGGGCCUCUCGGUAGCACCUGAUGGGAAGUAAAAAGUCACAUGCCCAUUG